CCCUUUCUAGUAGUAAUGGUAUCUUCCAUUUGUUUUUUUGUCCUCCAGGUUAUUCCAUGGGGUGACUUGGACUCAUUAGCUAUGCUUCAAAGGCAAUUGGAUGUAGACAUACUUGUGACUGGACACACCCAUCAGUUCACAGCUUACAAACAUGAAGCAGGGGUUGUUAUAAAUCCAGGAUCUGCUACUGGUGCCUACAGUAGCAUCACAUAUGAUGUCAACCCUAGCUUUGUUCUCAUGGACAUUGAUGCCCUGCGUGUUGUGGUCUAUGUUUAUGAACUCAUUGAUGGAGAAGUCAAAGUUGACAAGAUUGAUUUCAAGAAGACAACAACACAGAGUGCUAAUUGAAUACAAGAACUUGUAAUUCAGCUGAUUUUACUGGAAUCCCAAGAGUCGAUAAGACAUUAUAUUCCUUUGUUUUGCUUGUUUUUAAGGCUUUUUCUACUAACUUUUUUUCUUUAUUUUCCUGUUGCUUCUGAUAAUUGAGUUAUGUUCAGUUACUUUAGUAAGUAUGCAUUGAAAAUUCAGUUGGUUGAUUGGAAUGAAUCUUCUGUAAGGAAAAAAAAAACUUGGACAAAGUCUUCGUUGAUUAUUGUGCUCCUAAAA